AUGCUCCGUGCUCCUCUCUCUCGUCUUCUUUUCAAUUCGGUUGCAACUAAGGCUUUUUCAACUCAAGCGAAGCCUUUCUACUACCAGGAAUUGCUUGAAUUUGAGAAGCCUCCAUAUGCUGGUACCCAAUUUAAAAAGAUAACAGGUGACUAUGUGCAGACCACUGAAGUAAACGGAAAAAAAGUCCUUGAGGUUGAUGGGAAAGGUCUCACACUUCUAGCUGAGGAGGCCAUGAACGACAUUGCUCAUCUUUUGCGAUCUUCGCACUUGCAAUCUUUAUCGAACAUAUUGAAGGAUUCGGAAGCCUCCAAUAAUGACAAAUUCGUUGCAUUGGAACUUCUUAAAAAUGCGAACAUUGCGUCCAAUAUGAUUUUGCCUAGUUGUCAGGACACUGGUACUGCUAUCGUCAUGGGUAAGAAGGGGCAGUAUGUCUGGACCAAUGAAGAUGAUGGUGCCGCGCUGUCAAGGGGUAUUUACAAUACUUAUACACUUCGCAACCUUCGGUAUUCUCAGGUUGCUCCCUUGGACAUGUUCACUGAGAAGAACACCGCCACCAAUCUGCCUGCUCAAAUUGAAAUCUAUUCCACCUCGGGUAAUGAAUACAGCUUCCUAUUCAUGGCCAAGGGUGGUGGGUCGGCCAACAAGUCCUUCCUAUUCCAGCAAACAAAGGCUGUGUUGAACGAAAAGAGCCUUUAUGAGUUUGUUACAGAAAAAAUGAGGACCCUCGGGACCGCUGCUUGUCCACCUUACCACUUGGCUGUUGUGAUUGGGGGCACAUCUGCUGAAUUCAAUCUGAAAACGGUGAAACUGGCAUCUGCACGCUAUCUUGAUCACCUUCCCACAUCUGGAAAUGAACAUGGCCGAGGAUUUCGUGACUUAGAGGCAGAACGGCGCAUUACCGAAAUCUCCCAGAAGUUAGGAAUUGGAGCUCAAUUUGGCGGGAAGUACUUCUGCCACGACGUUCGAGUCAUCCGCUUGCCGCGACAUGGUGCAUCCUGUCCCGUUGGAAUUGGUGUCUCUUGUUCUGCUGACCGGCAGUGUUAUGGUAAAAUAACAGAAGAGGGCAUCUUCUUGGAGCAGUUGGAGACUAACCCUGCUAAAUAUCUCCCCGAUCCAUCCGCUGCCCAACUGUCAAGCGAUGUCGUGAACAUUGAUCUGAACAAACCGAUGUCGGAGGUCCUCGCUGCUCUCACAAAGCAUCCUGUCAAGACUCGUCUCAAUCUCACUGGUACCCUCGUUGUCGCUCGUGAUAUUGCCCACGCUAAGAUUAAGGAGCGUCUAGACGCAGGUCAACCCAUGCCCGAUUAUCUCCGCGAUCACCCAGUUUACUACGCUGGUCCAGCCAAGACACCAAAAGGUUUUGCCAGCGGCUCCUUUGGUCCCACUACAGCGGGUCGGAUGGACAGCUAUGUCGAUCUCUUCCAAAGCCACGGGGGUAGUAUGGUAAUGCUUGCCAAAGGCAAUCGUUCCAAAGACGUGACCAACGCUUGCAAGAAACAUGGUGGUUUCUACCUUGGUUCGAUAGGUGGUCCAGCUGCUAUUCUGGCUCAAAAUUGCAUUAAGAAGGUAGAAACUCUUGAGUAUCCAGAACUCGGUAUGGAAGCAAUCUUCCGCGUUGAAGUUGCAAACUUCCCAGCCUUCAUUGUCGUUGACGACAAAGGCAAUGACUUUUUUGACGAAUUCAAGUUGUAG